CGUCGAGAGAAUUAGACGAGAAGAGUCUCUGAGGAUUUACACUUCGUGCAGGCAUAUUCCACUUGCAUUUGUUGCGUUAUUAUUUCUGAAGUUACAUUUCAAUCAAGUUCGGCUCCGACAACUCUUUCUUGGACGUUCUGUUCUUCCAAAGGAAGGGCGACGCAGGAUGAGCGGACCGACUUUUGAGAAGAAGAUAUCGAGCAUUUUAUCCGAGCUCCCUGGCUCCAUGAACUGCCACCCAGCCACCAAAGACUCCCCAACUCUGCCCGAGUCCUCCGCGACGGAUAUGGGUUACUACAGUGGACAGACGACGCACGGCCAGCACGAAUACUACCACGGCCAGUCAUACUCGCAGCCCAUGAACCCCUACCCGUAUCACCAGUUCAAUCUAAAUGGGAUGGGGGGUGCGGGGGCCUACCCUGCCAAGUCAGAAUACCCCUUCUCCCAUUCAUACAGACAAUACGGACAUUACAACAGGGAUCUGCAGACACCCCCUCAGGACAUAGUAAAAGAAGAACCAGAGCCUGAAGUCCGAAUGGUAAAUGGAAAGCCGAAAAAAAUCCGAAAGCCACGCACCAUUUAUUCCAGUUAUCAGCUAGCAGCGUUGCAACGGCGGUUCCAAAAGGCACAAUACUUGGCUCUCCCCGAGAGAGCCGAACUUGCGGCUCAGCUUGGUCUGACGCAAACACAGGUUAAGAUCUGGUUCCAGAACCGGCGGUCCAAGUUCAAGAAGCUGUACAAGAACGGAGAGGUACCGCUGGACCACAGCCCCAACGCCAGCGACUCUAUGGCCUGCAACUCGCCGCCAUCCCCGGCCGUCUGGGACAAUAAUUCUCACACCAACCCCGCCAGCAGGGGCCAGCUCCCGCAGGCACCCCUCAGUUCUUCGCCGCCUUAUAUGGAAGAUUACAGCAAUCACUGGUACCAGCAAGGAUCACACUUACAACAUCCCGGUUCCGUACAUCAUACUCCUCCGCCGCAGAGCGUGGGGGCUGUAUAUUAAUAUCAAAGACUGGUUUAAAUAUGUAUAUGUCUUUUUAAGGGAAUGGACGUUCAAAUUUGUCAUUAACGUAUUUUACUCAGUCAACCAACUCCAGGAAAAGCUAAGAUCGGGACUACGCAAAUUCACGAAAAUAUUUUAGUUUUGUUUCCAACGUUGGGAAACGUGAUUUAAGAUUAUGGAAAACCGCACCACUUGAAACAUCAGUUUCUAUCCAUGCCUUAAAUGCAUUUACUAAACACGAUAUAUGUAAACAUACGUUAAAAUACAAAAUAUAUGACAUUUAUUUUGGCAAUAUGUUUCAAUGUGUCAUAGCUAGCAUAGUAAAUAUCAGUUAUUGACGCUUUCAUAGAUAUAGUUUCAUUAACACAUUGUAAUCUUACAUUAUGCAAUAUUUGCAUCACACUAUAUCUGUGUGGGUGGCAAUAAUUUGUUAUAUGACACAUUCAGCAUAUGUCAAAUAAAAAUUUAAGGACUGUUGAUGUCAGAGUAUAUGCUAUGUUUACAUGAGGGUAAUUUCACUAGGCCUGCCACUUGUACUAUUUAAAGUAUAAGAGUGUUUUUCUUAAAUUAUUAAUGAUGGUUGUUUUAUAAAUGUCACAUUUUAAUGAUAUGUUUUUCCCUACUGUUCAAAUGAAAGGUCUAAAUUAAACUGAUAGAUAUAAAAGAAAAAAAAACAUGUAUUCCAAAAUUCACAGGUGGCCUACCUUUAUAACCCAUGGUAGAAACCCAUGUAGGUAGAAACCAGUACGUGCUACACUCAGGUCAUUAUUUAUAUAUUUUGUACAAAAUGUUUAAAUCUGUAAAUAGAACUUUUGUUUUGUAUAAAAUAUCAAACCACUAAAUACACAUUGCUAUUCAAAGACAAAGAUUUCA